ACGCGAGAGAGGUGGUUCCGCGUGGUCCGCUCGUUUUCGAGGAACGCCUCGGUUCGGCAUAAUCAGCGAAUAUGCUGUUUCAUAUUCCGAUUCCUUCGACUAACUAAACACGGGAUGGAACCGACCCAUUACAUUCCAUCCGAUGACAGAAACCAAACACACUCUUAGAGGAGUGCUGAGAGAGCCUGGGACUGAGAAAGCGCAGAGCUUCUCCGCUCUGCUCCUCGCGCAGACUUCACCGGCAAGGGCAAAGGGCAAUCAAGAUCUGCGGCAACAGUUUCUACAUGAAGACAGAUCCACACGUGCCGGCGGAGAGCACCGGGGGACAAGCAGUGGCGGUGAAGAAGAAGAAGCAAGGUCGCAAGCGCAAGCCGCGGUCCGACGUGUGGGAGCACUUCGAACCUUUCACGAAUUCCGACGGGGAGGAGAGAGCGAGGUGCAGAAGGUGCGGUCUCGGCCUCGCCGCCGACACCAGCAGGAACGGCACCAGUCGUCUCCGCCGGCACGCCCAAGGCAGCUGCCCAGGAUCACCACCACCACCACCACCACCAAAGCCUCUAGCUGCCGCCGCACAAUCACAGUCACUCGACUGCAGUAGUAAGCCUGCUGACAGCAAUUGGAAGGAGGCCACUGCCGAUCUGGCCAGAAUGAUAGCGUCGCACUCGUACGACCCAUCCUUUGUCGAGGACAGCAGCUUCAGGAGCUUCGUGUGCCGGCUGAACCCGGGCUUCGAGGUGCCCUCGCGGGACGCCAUCCAGCUGAGCUGCGACGGUAUUUUCGAGGAAACGAUGAGGGUCCUGGAGUCUGAGCUCGAGCGCACCUCCGGACAAGUCAACCUAGCACUAGACGCAGCCGAGACCGCUCAGGGGACGGUCCUGUACGUCGCCUGCCACUUCAUCGACGAAGGCUGGCAUCACCGCCAGAUGAUCAUCGACGCUUAUUUGGUCGCGCCGGAGUACAUGAGCCGCAUGCCGCUGCUGGGCACCGGCGGGGUUGUCCUACACGGCACAGACCGUUACAACGUGCUCGUCGAGAGGAUAUCCAGCCACUCUGUUCUGCACAGGCUGUUCAGCAUCACCGUCGGACGGAUCGGCGGCCUCAGGCCCUACCUACAGAAGGCGAGCUUCCAGGCCGUCUGCGGCGGCGUGAGCUGCUGCUGCGGCGACACCUACGCGGACACUCUGCUUUGCUCCGUCGCCGAAGACCUCUGCGACAACCUACGAUCACAUCCCUUCGCCAGCGACGCAGAGGAGACGGUCGAGGGGGAGCCCGGGCUCGAGUUCGAAGAGCUCCGCUCGCAGCUUGAUUUCGACUGCCGUCUGCCGUACCACAAGAAGUGGUACUCGUGCUACUCUUCGCUGCAGGUUUUCCAAAAGUAUUCUUCCUCGGAGUUCGACAAACUGCUGUGCAGGCUUUGGAGGGGAAUAGAUCGCGCCACCAAAACAAUCUCGGACCUCAAACAUCGUCCUUCUUGAGUUGUUCAAGGUGAGGGAGACCCUGCAGGCUGAAAUCGAUCGAGCCAGCAGAGAACAUCUCUACGGGGGCAGCAAUUGCUUUGUCAGCGAUGUUGCGGCAGUUCUUGGAAGAGCAAAGGGAAAUUUAGACCUGGGAAUACGGAACUCGUACCUCAAAUGGUCGAUCCCGUUUGCGCUAGACCCCCGAUACAAGCUCAAGUUCGUCGCCUUCAUUUUCAACAGGGCCUUCGGCUUCGGCUCCUCGGGCGAAGAGUACGUCUGCAGGGUGAGAGAAGAAAUGGGUCGUCUGUUUGCCUCUUUUAGUAAAGACGGUGGAAAUCCAAAUCGUGCCACGGAGGAGACUGCCGGCAGUGCUCAUGAGUUGGAACAGGCAUGGGAUGCGUACUGCCGUUCAGAGGUAGUAACUAAAACAGAGCUUGAUCGUUACCUGGAAGAUCCCCCGGUCCAAGGCGCAAGAGGUUUCGACGUUCUGAGCUGGUGGAAGGCCAGCGUAUCGAAUUACCCGACACUGGCUAGGAUGGCAACUUGGCAAGGGCUGCGCUGGCCAUUCCCGCGUGACGCAAGCUAUCUCCUGAACAAAUGUCCCUGAUUGGGAACAAGGUUCGUGGCUAUUCCAAAUAGACGAUGAGAAUACCCUGGAGGUGCAUAUAUAUGGUGUGUUGGAUGGCGGCGGCGAAGUGCUGUAGCUGACGGACCCUUGAAGCCACAUGGAGUCAGGAAUAUCUCGUUCUUGGAAAAUUGUUUCAUCGGAGUUGGCAACUGCAAGUCUGCAACAUCAGAUGAUACACGGAAGGAGGAAGAAAGAAGGCCACGAUGUCUGGUGCUUCCCUGUGAUCCCUUGGGCCCAUGGUGCAGUUCCUGACGUGAUUGCGGCCACACCGGACUUCAGCUCUGUGUUCCACGUCGUGGUUCCCGGCGGCGCUCGGGCCUGGCUCGACUGUCCGCUCGUCGCGCCGUGGAAUGUCACGGACGGCAAAGAUUUUCUCUGCAUUUGUGGCACCAACAGUGGUCUCCGAAUUACGACUCCUACAUGUGUGGAUGUAUCUUGUCCUUAAAAGGUCACUAAUCAAGCUCUUGACAUAACAUUUCCUGCUAAUCUUGGUCUUUCUGUGUUCAUCUCUUCCAAGCUGUUAGUGCUGAUAAUCCAAAUAUUGUAUACUCUCCAACAGUCCUUGAA